AUGAAGGCCCUCGUACUCGCUUUGACAUUAUCUCUCUACGCCGCAGCCGGGGCCAAACGGCAGCCGAUUCCGACCAGAGGCGUGCCCAACGGCCAGUACGGUGGAGAUGAGGUUGCAUUCGCCAACGAGGCCUUUGAGCAAUUCAUCUUGGCGCAAAUGGAUGAAUGGCACGUCCCGGGGCUUUCGAUGGCCGUCAUAGAAGGCAACAAGACGUGGGCCAAGGGCUUCGGAUACGCAACAUUGGGUUCGGAGCCCGCCACGCCGUCGACGUUAUUCUACUGCGGUAGCAUGACCAAGUCCGUGACGGCUGCCGCCUUGUCCAUCUUGAUCGACGAGCACAAAAACGGCAGCAAUAUCCAGUGGACGACGCCCAUCUCCAGCAUACUCAAGGACGACUUUGUGCUAUCCGACGCUUGGGCUACGGACCACAUGACGCUCGAGGAUGCGCUAUGUCACCGCACUGGCUAUCCGCGACACGACUUCUCCGGCCCGUUCAACUCGUCCGUGGACAUGGUUCGCAGAUUCCGCCAUCUCCCCAUGUCCCAGGAGCCCCGUGUGAAAUGGCAGUACAGCAACAUGAUGUACGGCACGCUGGGAUACGUGGUCGAGCGCACAAGUGCAACCAGACUGGCCGACUUCUUCCGCAACCGGCUCUGGCGCCCCAUGGGCAUGUUGAACACGUUCCUGCACCCGGACGAUGCGCUCGCCAGCGGCGGCGGCGGCCAGCUCGCCCACGCGUACUACUACAACAACGAUACGCAGCAGUUUGGCGAGCUGCCGUGGAAUGAUGAGGGGAGCGUCGCGGGCGCCGGCAUGGCCAUUUCGUCUGUGCUCGACUGGUCGCGGUAUCUGCGACACAUGAUUUCCGAGUCGGGGCCCAUUUCCGCGGCUGGCCACGCUGCUCUCAAGGCGCCGCACAUGGUGUCGGAGCAGGACAGGCGUAUAUACUCGGGGACCGAGUUUUACGGGCUCGGCUGGGGGUCCAACAUGAUGCAGAACGAGGCCGUGUGGUACCAUUCGGGGCGAGUCAGCGGCAUGCUGUCGUACAUGGCGUUUGUGCCGGCUCGGAAGUUUGGGUUUGUUAUCAUGCUCAACACGGAGAGUGUGGCGGCGCUCGAUUCCAUCUUUUCCACCACGCUGUUCAACUAUUUCGAGGUGGCGUCGUCGAACCGUUAUGACAUUCGACAAGGGUGGUACGACUUGUUGAGAGACUUGGAUGACGGGCUGCGCAACUGCUCGGCCCGUCUGUAUCCUGGAGUAGGCGGCGCGGCAUUGCCGUCGGGCAUGGCAUUGGACGACUUGGUAGGGAGCUACUACAACGACGGGUAUGGAUAUGCCAACGUGACGCUGAGGUGUGACGAUUGGGAGGCAGCACACGGGUCGCCCAGCGUGUUGUCGCUCACGUCGGAUGGGUGCCGGAUAGUUGUUCCCCGGGCCGAGCUGUUUGGCAAAAACGUUUCGUUUCAGUUGCAACACGUGGCCGGGGAUAAGUGGCUGGCUUGGUACUUUGUCGACGACUACAAAACGGUGACGAGGCCGGCCGGUUGCUACCGAGCCCAGGUCGUUGUUGGGCCCGAUGGAAAGCCCGACAUGCUUGGCAUGGACAUGAGGAUGGAGGGGGACGAUUUGCCCCUGACCUGGUUUAAAAGGGUUUAA